AUGGCGGAGGAGACGGGAGCAGCAGCAGCUGUCAUGGAUGUAAACACAGCUGGAAACACCGCUGGAAACCCCACAGAAACGGCCAUGGCGUACCUGCAGGACGAGAAGACUGAUGGAGACAUUGUAAACCUCAACCUGGGAGAACUGGACCUCACCACAGAUGAGUUUAUCCUAGAUGAAGUGGAUAUUCACAUUCAGGCCAAUCUGGAAGAUGAUCUUGUGAAGGAGGCACUGAAAACGGGCGUUGACCUCCGUCAGUAUUCCAAGCAGGUGGAGACGGAGUUGCAGAGGAUCGAGCAGGCCUCCAUCAAAGACUACAUUAAAGAGAGUCAGAACAUUGCUCUUCUGCACAACCAGAUCACUGCCUGCGACUCCAUCCUGGAGCGAAUGGAGGGGAUGCUGAGCGGCUUCCAGAGCGACCUGUCGUCCAUCAGCAGUGAGAUCCAGACGCUGCAGCAGCAGUCGGUCAGCAUGAACAUCCGGCUGAAGAACCGGCAGGCCGUUCGCAGUCAGCUCAGCCAGCUGGUGGACGAGCUGGUGGUGCCGGGAGUCAUGAUCUCCACCAUCCUGGACAGUCCCGUGACGGAGCAGGAGUUCCUGGAGCAGCUCCACGAGCUCAACACCAAGAUCAACUUCGCCAAAGAGCUGAGUUUCAGAGAAACGCUGGCCUGCUCCGAUAUUCAGGACAUCGUCGACCGCCUCAAACUCAAGGCAGUUUCCAAGAUCAGAGAGUUCAUUCUUCAGAAGAUUUACUCCUUCAGGAAACCGAUGACCAACUACCAGAUCCCCCAGAACACUUUGCUGAAAUACAGAUUUUUUUACCAGUUCCUUUUGGCCAACGAGAGAACGGUUGCAAAGGAGAUCAGAGACGAAUACGUGGACACUAUGAGCAAGAUUUAUUACAGCUACUUCAAGUCUUACAGCGGCAGGCUGCUGAAAGUUCAGUAUGAAGAAGUUGCAGACAAGGAUGACCUGAUGGGAGUAGAAGAUACAGCCAAGAAAGGUUUCUUCUCCAAGCCGUCGCUGAAGAGCAGGAACACCAUCUUCACGGUUGGCCAGCGGGGGGCGAUACUGAGUCCUGCUGAGCUGGAGGGGCCGAUCCUGGUCCCUCAUACGGCCCAGAGAGGAGACAGCAGGUAUCCAUACGAGACGCUGUUUCGCAGUCAACACUACGCCCUGCUGGACAACGGCUGCAGAGAAUUCCUCUUCCUGUCCGACUUCUUCAUGGUUGCAGGGAACUCCGCCCUCGACCUCUUCAACAGCAUCAUGGGGAAAACCCUCAGCAUGUUCCUGAAGAGCAUGUCCACCUACGUGUCCGACUGUUACGACAGCAUCGCCAUCUUCCUGUGCAUCCACAUCAUCCUCCGCUUCAGAGCCAUCACGGCCAAGAGGACGAUCCCCGCUCUCGACAAGUACUGGGAGGCCGUGCUGGAACUGCUGUGGCCGAGGUUCGAGCUGAUCCUGGAGAUGAACAUCCACAGCAUCAGGAACACCGACCCUCAGAAGCUGGGAGUUCUGGACACCAGACCGCACUACAUCACUCGCCGCUACGCAGAGUUUUCCUCAGCCAUCGUCAGCAUCAACCAGACCUUCCCCAAUGAGAGGACACACACUCUGCUGGGACAGCUGCAGAUUGAGGUAGAAAACUUUGUGUUGAAGAUGGCGGCAGAGUUUCCCUCCAGGAAGGACCAGCUCAUCUUCCUCAUCAACAACUACGACAUGAUGCUCAGCGUGCUCAUGGAGAGGGCAGCAGACGACAGCAAAGAGGUGGAAGGUUUCCAGCAGCUGCUUCUGGCCAGAACACAAGAGUUUAUCGAGGAGAUUCUGUCUCCGCCCUUUGGCGGGAUGAUCGCCUUCGUGAAGGAGGCCGAGGCGCUGAUGGAGAAAGGUCAGCUGGACCGACUGAAGAAUGAGGAAGCGCGCAUCACUCAGCUAGUUCGUGGGUUUUCCGGUACGUGGAAACAGUCGGUGGAGUCGAUGAGUCAAGACGUCAUGAGGUCUUUCACCAACUUCAAGAACGGGACGAGCAUCAUACAGGGCGCGCUGACGCAGCUGAUCCAGUACUACCACGGCUUCCACAAGCUCCUGAACCAGCCCACGUUCCGCAGCCUGGCCGUCCGCUCCGAGCUCAUCAACCUGCACCACCUCAUGGUGGAGGUGAAGAAACACAAACCCAACUUCUAGCAGGGCGUCUGGAGGUGACCACUCCCCACACUUCCCUCUGCAUUCCUGCUUCUUUUUUACUCUCCUGAAAAAAACGAGAUAAAUCACAGAUGAGCGAGGUCAUUUCUUCCCUGAAUCAGCAUGUUUAUUUAAUUUAAACUAACUUUACACUG